AUGGGGUCAGACGUCCGAGACCUGAACGCGCUGCUGCCCUCCGUGCCCUCCCUACCAGGCAACAGCAACUGCGCCAUGCCGGUGAGCAGCGCUGCGCAGUGGGCUCCCGUCCUGGACUUCCCCCCGGGGGCCUCCUACGGCUCGCUGGGGCCACACUCCUUCAUCAAGCAGGAACCCAGCUGGAACGGGUCGGACCCGCAUGAGGAGCAGUAUCUGAGCGCUUUCACCGUCCACUUCUCUGGGCAGUUCACGGGCACGGCUGGGGCCUGCCGCUACGGGCCCUUCGGCGCCCCGCCGCCCAGCCAGCCUCCCUCCGGCCAGGCCAGGAUGUUCCCCAACGGGCCCUACCUGCCCAACUGCCUGGAGAGCCAGCAAGCCAUCCGCAACCAGGGUUACGGCACCGUGGCCUUCGAUGGGACUCCGAGUUACGGCCACACGCCGUCUCACCACGCCGCGCAGUUUACGAACCACUCUUUCAAACAUGAGGACCCCAUGAGCCAGCAGCCAUCUCUAGGGGACCAGCAGUACUCGGUGCCCCCUCCGGUGUACGGCUGUCACACCCCCACGGACAGCUGCACGGGCAGCCAGGCCCUGCUCCUGCGGACCCCCUACAACAGUGACAAUUUAUACCAAAUGACAUCACAGCUGGAAUGCAUGACGUGGAACCAGAUGAACUUGGGAUCCACGCUGAAGGGCCAUACGACAGGAUAUGAAAAUGAGAACCACAGCGCUCCCAUGUUAUACAGCUGUGGGGCCCAAUACAGAAUACACACCCAUGGAGUUUUUAGAGGCAUACAAGACGUGCGACGAGUGCCAGGCGUGGCUCCGACCAUCGUGCGAUCAGCAAGCGAGACAAAUGAGAAACGUCCCUUCAUGUGCGCAUACCCCGGCUGUAACAAGCGAUACUUCAAGCUGUCCCAUUUACAGAUGCACAGCAGGAAGCACACUGGUGAAAAACCAUAUCAGUGUGAUUUUAAGGACUGUGAACGAAGAUUUUCUCGUUCAGACCAACUCAAACGGCACCAAAGACGACACACAGGUGUGAAACCCUUCCAGUGUAAAACCUGUCAGAGAAAGUUCUCCAGAUCUGAUCACCUGAAGACUCAUACCAGGACUCAUACAGGUAAAACAAGUGAAAAGCCUUUCAGUUGCCGAUGGCCCAGCUGUCAAAAAAAAUUUGCCAGGUCUGAUGAAUUAGUCCGUCAUCACAACAUGCACCAGAGGAACAUGACUAAACUGCAGUUGGCCCUUUAGGCAUUUCAAACAAGUGAAUAAACCAGAUGGGACAUUAUGAGCUACUGCAAACUUUAUCAGCCAUCUUCGAUCACCUCUGUCAGAGAGCUGCGGCUGUCUUCGCAUCCCAUUUGACACAAGUUAACUAAACAGUAGGAUUCUGCUCAGCUUCCAUUUCGACAUUCAGAAUUCCCUGUUCAAUAACUUCAAACUUUAUUUGCAAUUUCAUUAAAAAACGAGCAAGAUUACCGCAGUUUCAAGAUUACUCUAAACUAUGCUUACAUUCUGUAGGUGUUUCCAGUUUCCUGUUCUUAUUUUUCCUUGAGCUGUUCUAGGUGCAUUUUACUGUACUCUUUUUAGUCCCGCUGUGGGUAGGGCGAGUAGUGCCUGUUGAAGGUAAGCUUCACGCUUACUGCUUUUGAGCACAUGCUGAAGUUUCCAAAUGCUAGAACCUCUAUCCUCACAAGAUGAGGCAGAACAAUCAGCUGAGAUACUUUUUGUAAACUUUGUAGUUGUGCUGCCACAGGGCAAACUUUUAAACUUGGAGGCAAUGCUUCUGAAUUUCACAAAUCAACCCUUUUUUAAAAGAACUUAUUUCUGGAGCAGCUAGAGCUAGAUGAACGAGAACUUCUGUAUAGAAAAUAAGAAUCUUACCAUUAAGUUAACUUGUUUUUUAAAUAAUCACAUAAUCGAUCCCCCCCAAACUGUUUUACUCAUCAAAUAGCUCUAUUUCUCUCUCUCUCUUUCUGUUUUAAUGUAUUUGUUUGAAUUUAUUCCAUCGUGAGAUGCGCAGAUCUCCUUUACACAAAAGUGAUUCCAAUCAUUGUAGACAUUUGGGACUUGUUUACAAUGUAAAGCCACACUGGUUAUGUGGCUAGCAAGCUGUAUAAACUUAAAACUGAACUUUUAAUGGGGCUGGUCCAGGAUCUCCAUUAACAGAUUACUCUUAAGAUAAGUAACUUAAAAAGACUCUUUGUCAAGUAUAUGUGAAAAAGACAUUAUUAGUGUAAGGAAAUAUAUUGUUUCAGGGUUUUGGGAGGAGGGGUUUAUUAUUUACUUUUAAUUGCUUGAAAUUGUGUGUAUAUAUAUAUAUCUGAUAAUGUAUUGCUCUUAGACAUCUAAAAUUAGAAACUGUAUAAAUAUUAGAUGCAUCACUGUUCUGAUGUUGUUGCUGUUACAAACUAUUGAUAACACUAAGAAUGUAACCUGCAUUUUUCACUGAGCUUUCAAUUAAAGCCCAUUC